AUGUCUCUCUUCCGCAAUUGCAGGGCUGCCACCGUGCAGUUCCGCGGCUUCACCUCAUCUUCCUGUCUGCGGGUCGGCCCCGAGUCUCCCAACUUCGUCGACAUCCCUCAACCGAUUCAGCCCGAUCUUCCUUCGAAGCCCCGCGUCAAGGGUACCCUGCCCGUCCCUCGAGAACUCUUCCCGGCCCGCCGCAAGGACAAGCCGACAGAGGCAUACAUCAAUGCUGCGACGCCUCUUCCUACCAAGGAGACCAAAUUGGACCCCAAUGACCCCAACACCGAAUACAUUGAGUGGAAGAAGCGCAUGGCGGAGAUGAGACGCAAGAACCUCCGCGAAGGUCUCCUGGAACUACACACCCGGAAGCAGCGGACGGACAAGACCAUGAUGCAGCGGAGUUUGGAGAAGCAGAAGCGCCGCGACCGUAUCCUCCGCCAGCCUGAGAGAGAAGACCAGCGGUUGACCCGUAACUCCGUCAUUCAGGACAUGCUCCCCAAACAUACCGCCGUGCUGCCGGAUCCUGACCGCGAGACCCGCCUGGCUGAGUCCAAGGCCCGCCUCGAAUACCAGCAGGCUGUGAAGGAGGCAGAGCGUCAAGAUAACCUGCAAGAACUUUACAUGAAUGCUCGGAACUUCAUCACCACGGAGGCUCAGCUUUUGGCUGAGAUCGAGCGGGUCUUCCCCGAGGGUGAGAACGAGGCCUGGCGCAGUGACCACCAGGAGGGCGAGAACAUCUGGAACUUGGGUGUGCCCCCUACUGUCCAGGGUAUCGUCAAUGAGACCAGGAAGAGCGAGACCGCUCGCUGGGACGUCAUCCAGGACAGAGUCAAGCAGCUGGGAGAGCAGAUCACUGGCGGCAAGUUGUGA